AGAGAGAGAGAGAGAGAGAGAGAGAGAGAGAGAGAGAGAGAGAGAGAGAGAGAGAGAGAGAGAGAGAGAGAGAGAGAGAGAGAGAGAGAGAGAGCAGAAAGAGGACACUUUGGUCGAGCAGCUCACAGAACAACAAGAGGAAACCGGACCAAGGCGGCGGCAUGAUCAACACUCAGAACGACGUGAAGAAAAUCCAGCUGCAUUACCUCCAGAACGUGGAGAAGAUGAAGCAGGGCUUAAAACCCGAGAAGAAAAGCUGGAAGCCCAAAGACGCGGAGCUCCUGAGGAAGUCGGCCAUGGAGAAGCAGCGCAAGCCCACCAAGACGUCCCAACAACAAACACCACCGCCCCCACAACAACAAGCAUCCAAGGCCUCCAGGCAGAGGCUCAGCAGGGACCUGACCUGCUCCAUAUGUCUGGACCUGUUCAAGAAGCCUGUCUCGCUGCCCUGCGACCACACCUUCUGCAAGGGCUGCAUCGCGGGCUACUGGGCCGGCCCCAGGUCCACGGGGCCGGGCGGGACGGGCAGCUGCCCCCAGUGCAGGAAGGUGAGCCCCGGGCUCAGCUACAGGCCCAACCGCAUCGUGGCCAACAUCGUGGAGAGCUACUGCCAGGGCCUGGAGGAGGAGAAGGGGACGGGGGUCCAGUUUCAACAGGUGGAGGGGAAGCUGGACCUGGAAGAGCGGGAGGUGGAGGAGGAGGAGGAGGAGGAGGAGGAGGAGGAGGAGAAGGAUGACGUCAGGGUGGCCCCUCCGCCGCCACCGCCGGUCCCACGCUGCCUCAGACACCGCGAGGAGCUGAAGCUGUACUGCGAGGAGGACCAGGAGCUGGUGUGUCUGGUGUGUGCGAUCUCCCAGGGGCACCGGAGCCACAACCUGCUGUGUGUGCAGGAGGCCGAGCAACAGUACAAGGUUUCUCUGAACAGCUCCAUAGACUCUCUGAAGACGGAGCUGGACACCGCCAUGCGUUGUGACGAGGAGGCUGAGGAGGAGGCGCAGAAACUCAAGGAGCACACGGCGGACCUGAAGCAGCGCAUCGAGGCCCAGUUCAGCGACCUGCACCAGUUCCUGUACCAGGAGGAGAAGCUGCUGCAGGUGAAGCUGAAGACAGAGGAGCGCCGCGAGCUGAUCCGCCUGGACGAGCACAAGGCGCUGCUCUGCGUGGAGAUCUCCCGCCUGCAGGGGGCGCUGCACGAGGUGGAGGCGCAGCUGCAGGAGCAGGACCCCUUCGCCCUGCUGCGGGGUAUUAAGACCCUGCUCCAGAGGCCGCAUGUGAAGUUUGAGAGGCCCGUGCUCACGCCGCCCAGCCUGUGUGAGGGCCGCUUUGCCGGGCCCCUGCAGUAUCGAGUGUGGAAGUCUCUCAAAGGGAGUCUGUACCCAGUCCCCGCCGCCAUCACCUUCAACGCCAGCACGGCCAACCCGUGGCUCAGCCUGACGUCCUCGCUGACGUGCGUCCGCUACCAGACGUUCAACCGCGCCAUACAGGACAACCCGCACCGCUUCAACGCCGCGCUCUCUCUGCUGGGCAGCCAGGGCUUCACACACGGGCGCCACUACUGGGAGGUGGAGGUGCACAGCAGCGCCGUGUGGACGGUGGGCGUGGCCCGGGAGUCUGUGGACCGCAAGGGCGUCAUCAAGGCGCUGCCCGCCAACGGCUUCUGGACGCUGUCGCUGUCGUACGGCGUGCAGUACAUGGCGGGCACGUCGCCGCCCAGCGUGCUGGCGCUGGAGGAGCCGCUGGCACGCGUUGCCGUCUACCUGGACUACAAGCGCGGUCUGGUGUCCUUCUACAACGCCGAGAGCAUGACCCACCUGUACACGUUCCGGGAGCGCUUCGCCGAGACACUGUACCCGUACUUCAACCUGGGCUUCCUGGACAAGGUGCACGAGAACGAACCGCUUAAGGUGUUCGUGCCGAAGAUCUGAGGUCAGUGCUGAAUAUGUGAAGUCGACGACCAGUUUGGGGGGAAGGGGGGACGAGGGUGCCUGGUGUUUGGUGGUGGAAAUGUGACCCGAGAAUGGAAGGUUUAUAGAGUAGGUUAUGUGUGUAUGUUUGACAACGUAAAUUUACAGCAAUGUGAAAAAAAAACAUGUAACAAAUGGUGAACAUGUGCCGUAUCUCGGACCAAAUACUAGUGAAUAACUUAACUAGUAAUAUUCUUCUGAUAAAGAGAAAGUCUAUAGCAAUAUUUGUGUUUUUAUUUGAUUUGACCUUUUAUUCGAUUUUUGGUAAUGUUUCAAACAUUACUGAAUAACAGACAUGUUUACUGGGUCGCGAAUAAACAACAGAAGUUUUAACAUUUGAAUGCCAUUAUAUUAUAUAUUAUUAUUACCACCAAUUCACGAUUAAAAAAUAGUCAGCGCUUGAGUGGCAUGAGAGCGAGACUGUGAUAAAAUAUAUUUUUGGAAUAGUUGGUUAAUCAGUUCCAAGCUAUUGGACCUUGAAUGAAGAGUUUCUCUGAGGUCAGCUGAACAUGAGGACAUUCAUUAACUUAGAGGUUCAAACAUGUUUCGAAGACCUGGAGGUCUCAUUGCACCACUUACUUGAUUAAAGACGGACAAGGACUUGAAAGACAGAUCAGCACGACAAAAUCUCAAUUGACCCUGUAUGAAGUCUUACCUUCAAACCUUCUAAAUGUUUUUUCCAGGGAAUACUAAUCAUGUAUAUUACAGAUUCAAUAAAAAAUGUCUCAAUGAAAAAUAAAAUAACAAAUAAAGUCAGAAUAUCUAAUA